UGGACGGCCAGGCUUUGGCCCGGACGACGGCUGGACGCGAUGGCAUAUUGGACGCUCCACAAGGAUGACACUAUCCAUGCACCGGGAAAGUUCCCAAGCCUGGUUGGAUUGUUAUUGUUAAUCACAGUAAUAUACGGAAUGUGGUACAAUUUGCCACGGCUAACGAAGGAUGCGCAUAUCCUUGUCAUCUUGGGAGAGCGUGCAUAAGCUUUCGAUAGCAC